AUGUCUACUAUCCCAAAAACUCAUCUUAUUUCUGGUUUUGAGAAUCAAGGUUCUUAUGAAGAAAUCAAAACUUUAGAAGUUGAAGCUCCUCAAAUUACUACUGGUUCUGAUGUUAUCAUUAAGAAUAAAUAUGCUGGUCUUAACUUCAUUGAUGGAUACUUUAGACAAGGUGUUUAUCCAUCUACCGUUAGACCUUAUAUUUUUGGUCGUGAAGCAAGUGGUGUUGUUGCAGCCGUUGGUAAAGAUGUAACUAAAUUCAAAGUUGGUGAUAGUGUUGCUUAUCUUUCAGGUAAUACUUUUGCUCAAUAUACUAAAAUUCCUGAAACUUAUACUCAAAUCUUAAAUUUAGGUAGUGGAUCUCUUUCUGAAAAAGAAUAUGAAACUUAUGGUGGUAUUUUCUUACAAGGUUUAACUGCUCUCACUUUUGUAAAUGAUGCAUAUAAAGUUAAAAAGGAUGAUUUUAUUUUAGUUUGGGCAGCUGCUGGUGGAGUUGGAACAUUUUUAACUCAAUUUGCUGCUCAAAAAGGUGCUAAUGUUAUUGGUGUUGCUUCAACAUCAGAAAAAUUAGAAAAAGUUAAGAAAUUGGGUGCUAAAUAUGUUAUUAAUUAUAAGACAGAAGAUGUUGUAGCAAGAGUCAAAGAGAUCACUGGUGGUAAAGGGGUUAUUGCUACUUUUGAUUCUGUUGGAAAAGCUAGUUUUGAAACUUCUCUUGAAGCACUCUCAAGAAAGGGAACUUUUGUUAGUUAUGGUAAUUCAUCUGGUGUUGUUCCUCCAUUAGCAAUUACUAGAUUAAGUCCAAAAAAUAUUACACUUCUUAGACCACAACUUUUUGGUUAUAUUGUGGAAAAAGAUGAAUGGGAACAUUAUAGUAAAUUUUUAGUUGAUUCUGUUAAAUCUGGUAAAGUUGAAUUUGAAAUUACUAAAAUUUAUCCAUUAAGUGAAUACGCUCAGGCAGCUAAAGAUUUAGAAAGUGGUACAACUACAGGUAAAUUAGUUGUUAAGAUUCCUCAAUAA